AUGCAGCAGGACGGGAUCAGCAGUGUGAAUCAGCUGGGGGGGCUUUUUGUGAAUGGUCGGCCCUUACCCCUGGACACUCGACAGCAGAUCGUUCAGCUGGCUGUCAGAGGAAUGCGGCCAUGCGACAUCUCACGGAGCCUUAAGGUAUCUAAUGGCUGUGUGAGCAAGAUCCUAGGGCGUUACUAUCGCACAGGUGUCUUGGAGCCCAAGGGUAUUGGGGGAAGCAAGCCACGUCUGGCCACACCCCCUGUAGUGGCUCGAAUUGCCCAGCUGAAGGGUGAGUGCCCGGCCCUCUUUGCCUGGGAGAUCCAACGCCAGCUGUGUGCUGAAGGGCUUUGCACUCAGGACAAGACUCCCAGUGUCUCCUCCAUCAACCGAGUCCUGCGAUCACUACAGGAGGACCAGGGACAGCCCUGGGCACAGCUCCAGCCACCAGUUGUUUUGAAUCCUGUUCCUCCUACUCCUCAUAGUGGCUCUGAGGCUCCCCGGGGUCCUCACCCAGGGACUGGCCACCGGAAUCGGACUAUCUUCUCCCCAGGCCAAGCUGAGGCACUGGAGAAAGAAUUCCAGCGUGGGCAGUAUCCUGAUUCAGUGGCCCGUGGAAAGCUGGCUGCUGCCACCUCCCUACCUGAGGACACAGUGAGGGUCUGGUUUUCCAACCGAAGAGCCAAAUGGCGCCGGCAAGAGAAACUCAAGUGGGAAACACAGCUGCCAGGUGCUUCCCAGGGUCAGACUGGACCAAGUGCUUCCCCAGGGAUCAUCACCACACAGCAGCCCCUUGGAAGUGUGUCCACAACAACCCUACCUUCCCUGGAACCCCUGGUUCCCUCCUGCUAUCAGUUAUGCUGGGGGAUAGCACCAGACAGGUGUUUGAGUAACACCCCACCCCAAGCCUGGCUUGAGUCCUGUUGGGGUCACCUGCCUCCAGAGCCGAGUUCCCUGGAUUCAGUUCAGUUUGGCCAUCCUUGCCCUUCCUUCCACUGCUCUUGCCACCAGUUUGGUGCCCCCCAAGCUCUUCUCUGGCCUGGCUCCCCACCACUGCAGGCCUGGAAUGAGGGAAGGGGACUAGAGUAG